AUGAAUGUUAUGGCUUCUUUGGAGAUUCGGGCGAGAGGAAGAGGUAACCAGAGUAAGACUUCUCCGAAUUUAACUUGUGAUCGUUGUGGGCGUUCUCAUACGUAUGACUCGUGCAAGUUGCGUAUAGGUGGUUGUUUCAAUUGUGAAUUGCCUGGUCACUUGGCGAGGGAUUGUACUCAUGGGAGGAACCCAAAUGCGGGUCGGAAUCAACACCAAGGACGAGUGUUUGCUGAGAACGCCAAUGAUGCUGCCAAAGGAGACCCUUUGAUGAGAGAUAAAUGUUUAAUUGGUGAUAAAACGUUGGUUGCAUUGUAUGAUACUGGAGCUUCGCAUUCUUUCAUUGAAUUUGAUAAGGUUAAGGAACUAGGGUUGAAAAUGUCAGAAUUAGCUUUCGAUUUGCAUGUGCAUACGCGAUAUCAGAUGAUCGUGACUAAAUCAGGUUGUAGGGAAGUACCUUUCAAGAUUGAGGAUAGAGAAUUUGUUCAUGAUUUAAUCUGUUUGCCAAUGGUUGAGCUAGAGAUGAUUUUAGGGUUUGAUUGGUUGUCAAAGAACCAGACCAGUGUCGAUUGCACCAUACUGAAUGGCUCCGAUAGAGCUGGCGGAACAAAAGACUUAAUUGGAAGAACUUCUGAACAAGAGGUUCAUUCGAUCGAGUGUGUCUCCGGGGGGAGCGCGAGUUUUAUUGGUAAAGAAGAAAGACGGAGGAAUGCGAUUUUGUGUAGAUUACCAAUAGUUGAACAAAGUGACUGUGAAGAACAAAUAAGGGUAAAGAAGGAUGAUAUUCCAAAAACUGUGUAUAGGACGCGCUAUAGAAACUACGAGUUUGCAGUGAUGUCCUUUGGGUUGACGAAUGCACUUGUUGUAUUCAUAGACUACAUGAACAGAGUAUUUCGUGCCUUUUUGGACAAAUUCGUGGUAGUAUUCAUAGACGACAUUAUAGUUUACUCGAAGAUGGCAGAAGAACAUGAAGAGCACUUGAGGAUUGUGUUGCAAAUUCUGAAAGAGCGUAAAUUGUAUGCCUAA